AUGGGAUCAGGCCAUAGUGCUCAUAUUAGCAUUAAUCUUGAUCGAGCCGUUCCACUCUUUUAUAGUGGUGAAUCGGUGUCUGGAAGUGUUAAUGUAAAUAUCACAGAAGGACACAUUAAAGUCGAUGAAGUAUUUAUUGUGUUGAAUGGUGAAGCUGGCUAUACGACAACUCGUACUGUUCAGAAUACAAAUGGUUCAACGCAUACGCAGACUGAUUAUCAUACAAGAUGCUUUUUCUCCGAAAAGAAAGUCCUCGAUAGUCCAGGACUGGACAAAAAAGAAUUAGAAUAUCAUUCUGGGCAGUAUUCAUGGCGGUUCGACAUUCCAUUGGCACCUCAUCUUCCACCUACGAUCAAUGAAUCAAACAAAUAUCCACGUGUUCGGUAUUAUUUGAAAUUUGUUAUUGACAAACCUUGGUACAAGCGAAAUACCGAUGAAACUCUGUAUUUGGCAGUAUUUCCGCAUAUCAACCUAUCGAGCAAUCCACAAUGCUUGAUGCCAUAUCUAUUUGGUGAUCACAAUCGUAAAGAUGUUACAGUGAAAGGUACUAUGGAUAAACUUGGUUAUGUACCCGGUGAGACAAUUACGGGAAAGUUAGAAAUUGAAAAUCCAAGAAGAAUUUUAUUGAAAAAACUGCGUCUCUCUUUGGUUCAAGAAUCAAGAAUCGAAUGUAAUACACACAAGGUAACAAUUCUCGAAAUGAUUCUUCCUACGAUUACUAAUACAAAUCAGGAGCUAAUAGUGGAAAGAUUUUCUUUACCCAUUCCUCCGACAUAUAUGGCACCAUCGUAUCAAUUUAUGGGUGGUUUUCAUUGUACUGCUAAUGUUAAUAUUAGCUAUAUGCUAGAAUUUGACGUUAAAGUUGAAGGUAUGUUUACGAAUCUCAAUAUCAAUAUCCCGAUUACCCUUGGAACGGAAUUCGAUGCAAAUCCGAAUGGACAUAAGUUACAUGAAGCAUCAAAAGCAUAUCCUAAUUUUGUCUCUUAUCAUCCAGAAAUAGUCGACGAUCCGCAAUAUAAUCCGCCGCCUUAUUCAUCUGUUUCAUAA